CGGCUCCCCCGUACGACAUACGACACCACCAUGUCUCUAGCCGGCAAAAUAGUCAUCAUCACCGGCGCCAGCAGCGGCGUCGGACGUGCCACCGCCAUCAAGGCUGCGUCAGAGGGGGCCGUCCUCGCCCUGGGAGACAUGAACUUGUCCGGAUUGGGCGAGACAGUAGGCCAGUGUCGGGCUGCAUCGUCAACAUCAACAACAACCGAGACGACACCUUCCCACCUCCAAUUCAUGCUUGAUGUCGGCUCGACCGACGACUGGGACAGCUUCGUGAAGGCCGUCAUGGAUGCUUUCGGCAAAAUCGACUGCGUCUUCAACUGCGCCGGCAUCAACCCGACGGCCAUCUCGACCGAGAAAAUAUCCGACGCUGUAUGGGACAAGAUGGUCAACACCAACCUCAAGGGCGUCUUCAACGCGACCCGCGCAUGCCUCCCGUACAUGAAGUCUGGCUCGGCCUUCGUCAACGUCUCCAGCGUCGCGGGCCUGCACCCCGUGCCCGAGCUGGCGCUCUACUGCGCCACGAAGCAUGCCGUCAUCGGAUUCUCCAAGAGCGUCGCGCUCGAGGUUGGACCCAGGGGGAUCCGCGUGAACGUCGUGGCGCCAGGGAUGGUCGACACGCCGACGAACUCGGCUGUUCGGGCUGGCCGGGAGGCGGUCGAUCGCGCGGCGGAAUCAGUGGGCCUGAGGAGAUUCGGGACGGCCGAGGAAGUUGCUGAGGUGGUGGUGUUCUUGCUUGAGGAGAGGAGUCGGUAUAUGAAUGGGAGCGUUGUUGAGGUCCACGGAGGGAUUGGUGUGCAAUAAAAUAAGUAUGUACAAAUACAAGUAUCGAC